AUGGCAGAGCUAGCCACCGACCUGAUUCGCACCACUGUUCGAGCCUUCCACUCUCCCGAGCAUGCCAUCAUCGUCGACUGCCUCAUCGUCCACUCUGUUCUCACGGACAGGGACUUGGAGUUCCUGACUCAGGCGAACGGAAAGGGGGUUCGCAAGUGGUGCCAGCCUCUGAAGGAAGCGGGUCUUGUGAGCUCUCAGAUUCGCCAAGAGCGUCGCGCCGAUGGCACUGGCGGAUACCAUGGAGGCGUCCCCGCCCCAGGCAAGGAGCGCUAUUCGCAGCGAGAGUGGUAUUACCUCAAUUAUCACCGCGCCAUCGACAGUAUCAAAUAUCGCAUGUAUAAGCUCACAAAGCAUAUCGAGAGCUUGGGGAUGCCGACCACGGAACGAAAAGAGCUUUCAUGUCCGCGGUGCAAGAGUCAGUAUACUGAAUUGGAGGGCAUGGACAGUAUGGACGACAUGGGCAAUUUCAUCUGCAAGAAAUGCAAGCACGUGCUGGACCACGUUGAGGAAGAUGAGCUUGCCAACGAGAACGAGAGCAUGAAGCGUCUCAAUCAGCAAACCGAGAAAUUGACGAAUCUCCUAAAGCAAAUCGAUGCGACUACGGUACCCGAAAACGACUUCCAUACAGCACUCCAAGCUCACAAGCCCGUCGAACGACCGGACAACCAUCCUGGCGCGAAGAUGGAGGUUGUCGACGAUCGCAAUAAGAAUCUGCAGAGCUCUAAAGGACUGGAAAUCAAGCCUGAGAAGAUUGCUGUCCAGGUGCAGGACGACGAGGACGUGAAGCGAGAGAAUGCGGCCGCGGAAGCACAGGCGAAGAAGGAGCGAGAGGCGAAGCAGAAUGCGCUACCGGAAUGGAUCACACAUAGUACUGUCCAGAAUGGCGCAAUUACAGCAGUUGGUGCCAAGGAAGAGCAUCAGCGACAGCAGCGAGAAGCGCACAGCUCAGGAGCCGUCAAAGACGAGGAAGGCGAGGACGUCAAACCCGCCGCCGGCGACGAUGAUGCUAUGGCCCAGUACUGGAAGCAGCUGGAGGCCGAGAAGGCCCAGGAGGCCCAGAAGGCUCGCGAGGAAGAAGACGAGGACGAAGAAGAGGAUGAAGAAGAUGAAUUCGAAGAUAUUGACAUUACCGGUGGCGGUGGUACUCCGGCGAAUGGCAUGAAUGGCACCGCAGCUAACUCGACUGGGAUGAAUACACCCGCGAACGUUGAAAGUAGUAAUGCCACCGACGACGAACGCGAGACGAAGCGCAUCAAGCUAGAAGCGCCUUCUUCUUCGACCGCUCCCAACGGCACCAACGGCAAUGCUGAAACAGCAGAGGACACUCCAGCUGCCAGCGACGCCGAUGAUGACGAGCUGGAUUUCGAGGACGUCAAAUGA